AACUGUCCUUCUGCCUGUAACUUGAGGACACGCCCCUUCGCUGAAUGGCAUGGAUCGCGCCAUAACGUAAAGUUCUAUCUACGUAGGAUGAACGUUUACAUUUCGUAUUUUUUAUUAUAUAGCAUUUUACAUAAUAUAUAUUAUUGUACGUUUAAUGCAUGCAUAAACUAUGACGCGAGAAGAGGAGUUAAUUCGGAUUGCAAAAAAGCUGGACAAGAUGGUGUCUAGAAAUAACACGGAGGGUGCCCUGGACCUGCUGAAUGAACUGAAGAGCUUCAACAUGACGCUGAAACUUCUGCAGGAAACGAGGAUCGGCAUGUCUGUGAAUGGAAUCAGGAAGCACUGCACAGACGACGAGGUCGUUUCCCUGGCCAAGAUCCUCAUCAAGGACUGGAAGAGACUGCUGGAUGCUGCACGUACUCAGAGUACUGAGAGGCCCAAUGAGAUGAAGAAUGGGGUUGACUCCAACAAAUCCACAGCGUCUCCAGUCAGGUCCCCCUUAGAGAAAGACACCAGUCACAAGAGGCUGGAUGUUUCUGAUUCAGAUCCUGAAUCUGAAAAGGAAGAAUACUCUGACAAACGGCAAAAAGAGAAGCACAAUGUUGAACACAAAAAAGAUGAGAGAGCUGUUGACCUAAAAAAGGAGCGAAAUACCGAGGCAUUCAAAAACAAACGGCAUGCAGAACAAUCCAAAAAUGGAAAACAUACAGAAGAUGCCAGAAAAGAAAGACAUGUAGAACACUUAGAAGAACCCAAAAAGGAGAGACACUUCGAAAAAUCCAGAAAAGAAAGACAUGUACCUAUACAUGAAACAAAAAAUGAAAGACAUGUGCAAGAACCCAAGAAAAAAAGUAAUCUCGAAGAACCCAAAAAUGAGAGCCACACAGACGAACCCAGAAGGGAGCGUUUCGCAGAUGAACUGAGAAAGGAAAGACACACAGAGGAACGCAGAAAGGAGAUACCAAUGUACGAACCCCGACAAGAGAGACCUGUUGAAAACCACAGACAAGGGUUUGAGAGGAGAGAUUCUUCAGACACUCUGUCUCCUUCUCAUCCUCGUCCCACCCCUCCGUCCAGACGUUCCUCAGUGAAGGGGAAGGAAGAGAGGAAAAAAGAUCCUCCUGACCCUAAUUCCCCGCUUCCUCCUCUUCAUCCUCAUCCUUCUAUGCCCACUGCAGCAGAGGUCAAGAAGGAGAGAAAAGAGCCUCUGCGGAUUUCUGUGGUUCGAAAAGAGCCUCUGGACCCCAAUGCUCCAUUUGCUCCUCUUCCUCUCCAUCUCCAUCCUCCUCCUCAUGUGAAGCGCCCGUCAGUGGAAGUCAAAAAGGAGAGAGAAGAGUCGUCAGAUUACAAACCCGUUUCUCUGAAGGUGACGUCCUCUGACCAUGUGAAAAAAGAUAGAAAAGACUCCGAUAGCAAAGUGCCCAAAAAAACAUCUGUUGAUGCCAAGAAAGAAAGAAAGGAUUUGUCAGAUUCCAAACCAAAACCUGCUAAAAGGCAGAGUCUGGACUCCUCAGAUUCCAAUCCAAAACGUUCUAAAAGGCCAAGUCUGGAUGGCAAGAAAGACAGAAAGGACUCCACUGACUCGAAGCCCAGCCAUUCUGUGAAACGUCAUUCGACUGACUCCAAAUCAGACAGGAGGGACUCUGUGGAUUCCAAGACUAGCAACUCACCCUCAGCUAAGAAGCUCUCUAGCGAGACGAAAGAAUUUCAUGGCUCCAAGUCCUCUCACCCUGGCCCUCUGCAGAGAAAGUCCUCAACGGACAGUAUUGAACGGAGAGGGAAACCAGAGAUGCCAAAGAUCCCCUCCACCCCCACCAGUCCCAUGUCCCCCUCCUUCAGCUCAGCAGGGGUUCCCCUGUCCCCUUGCCUUGCCACUGGAGAAACCAUCAGGGACAAGUGCAUCGAGAUGCUGGCUGCUGCUCUACGUACAGAUGACAACUUCAAAGAAUUUGGGACAAACUGUGACUCCAUGGCAGCAGAGAUUGAAGAUCAUAUUUACACAGAGAUGGGAUCCACAGAUAUGAAGUAUAAAAACAGGGUGCGGAGCCGCAUCAGCAACCUGAAGGACCCCAAAAACCCUGGACUGCGGAGGAACGUCCUGGCUGGAGGCAUCGAGCUGAGAUGCUUCGCCAUCAUGUCUGCUGAGGAGAUGGCUAGUGAUGAGCUGAAGCAGCUCAGGAACAAUCUGACUAAGGAGGCCAUUAGGGAACACCAGCUGUCCAAAACCAGCGGUACCAUUUCUGACCUGUUUCAGUGCAGCAAGUGCAACAAAAAGAACUGCACCUACAACCAGAUGCAGACCCGCAGCGCUGAUGAGCCUAUGACUACUUUUGUUCUGUGUAACGAGUGCGGGAACCGCUGGAAGUUCUGCUGAUGUGGCCCAGCUCCAAUGACGAUGUUGCAGACCACAUUUUUCUAUGAAGGGUUAUAAUGUUUCGCAAUGAGUAAUUUUACAAAAAUGAAUACUUACGAUUUAUAAUUGACUUUUUAAGAUGGGCUCCCGAGUGGCGCAGCAGUCUAAGGCACUGCAUCUCAUUGCAAGAGGCGUCACUACAGUUCCUGGUUCAAUUCCAGGCUGUAUCACAUCUGGCCG